AUGUCCCAAACAGCCCGUCGCUUCGCCCAAAUAGUGAAGCUCAAGCCUGAGCACCUAGCAGAGUAUAAGGAAGUUCACGCCAGCGUCUGGCCCGACGUGUUGAAGCAAAUCCAGGAAUGCAACAUUCGAGACUACAGCAUAUUCUACGAUGAUCAGAGCCAUAUCCUCUUUGCUUCAUUCAAAUACAUUGGCUCAGACUACAGCGGCGACAUGGAGAAGAUGGCGGCGAAUCCCCGCGUGAGGGAGUGGUGGAAGAUGACCGACGGCUGGCAGGAGAGUCUUGUUCCUGGAGCUGUGAGCUCUGAGGCCGGUGAGCCUUCCUGGUGGAAGCCUGUCGAGGAGGUAUUUUACCAGCCCUGA